UUCAGUCGACUGUAGCGGGUUUGGAAAAAUAACACAAGCUGCAGAGACUACACCGUAUUGAACUGAGGUCCAGUGAUCAGAAGUUGGCCAAGCCAAACCCUCACAGUCUUACUCACAGCUGUCAAUCUGCAGCCUCCCACGUGGUCAGAAGGGCGGGCGCAUCUCAACUAGUUGAACAUGCAACUUUUAGGGAGGCAAACAAUUGGCCCCAUUGGUAGUUGCACUUGCACAUCCAUGUAGGAUACUCCCCGACAGGAAACAACGACCUGCAAGUCAAUAGGCGCCUCUUCUCAUGUUCUCUGGGCAUCCAGAUUGCUCCCGUCUGUGCCUGGCGUAAACCCGGUGCGCACUGCUGCUGCCUCUUGUUCCAAGACUAAUUUAAGACAGCGCUUUGAACCCUGAGCCUAGUGUACUGGAGUUAGUGUUGUGAAUGCGUUAGGUGCGCUGCUCAGUUUGUCCACGGACCCUGGCUACAGUUUGGUUGCAGAACUACACUAACAAAACAAGUUAUUUUCUUUUCAUCAAGAGGACUUUGAAGCAGGAUUUCAGCAUGGAUACAGCCAGCGACUGUAUCGGGGAAAGUAAGCCGGUGUGUCAGUGUGCGCCCAAGUCCGAGGUCCAGCGGAGGCUUCCAGGUUUUCCCAUCGCUCUGUGCUUGCUGAUGUCCCUGAGCUCCGUCACUGUGUGUCUUCUGAUGAGCUUCAAGACCUACCAGCUGGAGAACCGGCUGCAGAUGGAGAUGGACAAAGCGUCCAUCGUCCACCCGCCGCACAGGGCUUUUCUCAACGAGGAUGGGACCCUAAUUCCAGAGCUGAGCACAUCAAUAGGGAGGCUCGUGGAAGAGAAAGUGGUGGUGCUGAUGCCGAAAUUGCGGACAACUAGGGACAUUGGCCAGGAGUGCUCCUGUCCUCCAGGGCCUCCAGGAAAGCGUGGAAGGAUGGGAAGACGAGGGGAACCUGGACCUCCUGGCAAGGCUGGACGGGAUGGAUACCCGGGUCCACUUGGCUUGGAUGGAAGACCAGGUUUACCAGGUCCCAAGGGAAGCCAGGGACCAGCCGGACCCAAGGGAGAAAAGGGUGACCAAGGAGACGUUGGGCCAAGGAUGGUCUUCCCCCGAUAUGACCAUAGCUUUCUCUCUGGAGAGCAGUCCAGCAGCUUUCAGAGACGCUUUCUGAAGGGUGACCAAGGCCAGGCUGGACCCGCUGGUCCUCCCGGUCCCCCAGGUCCUCCUGGUCCCCGAGGCCCCCCUGGGAACACAGGCAAAGAUGGGCCACGUGGCCCUGCUGGAGAGCCGGGUUUUCCAGGUCGUGAUGGUGUUGAGGGGUCACAAGGAUUACCUGGGAAGCCGGGUGAAGAUGGUGAGCCUGGCUAUGUGGGACCACAGGGUCCUCCAGGAGCAAAGGGCGAGCCAGGUAUGGGAGAAAAAGGAGAAAGAGGCAUGGAUGGACUCCCAGGAUUAAAGGGAGACAAAGGGGAAAUAGGAGAGCAAGGACCACAGGGACACAUGGGUUAUCCUGGUGAAAAAGGCGCCACAGGCUCCUCAGACAUCAUUGACUUCAAUGGGAAGCUUCUAGAUGCUUUCCAGGCCAUCAACACCAUCAGUGUUUCGGGCCCACCUGGACCACCUGGACCACCUGGAUCCCCAGGCCCGACAGGGGAAAAGGGUGAGCUUGGUUUACCUGGACCAGCAGGAGUUGAUGGGGAGAAGGGACCUAAAGGUGACAUGGGUGAGGCAGGACCACCUGGCGAGAGAGGAGAGAAGGGAGAGAUGGGGCUCUCUGGACCUGCUGGUAUGGACGGACAAAAAGGAGAGAAAGGCGACUGCAGAAUGGAUGACAACCUGGUUCAGAUGAUUUCCCAGCCAGGCCCACCCGGCCCACCUGGCCCGCCAGGGGUUCCCGGGUCCCCUGGAUCCAUGGGGCUGCAUGGGAUGCCUGGUCCUAAGGGUGAGCCUGGAUUCGGGAUAAAGGGAGAGAAGGGGGACGUUGGUGCUCCUGGAGUCAAAGGAUUAGCCGGCCUCCAGGGCACACCUGGGUCUGCAGGCUUAGUGGGUCUUCCAGGUGCAAAGGGAGAAAAAGGCAGACCGGGUGAGCCUGGACUAGAUGGUUUCCCGGGUCUGAUGGGAGAGAAAGGUGACCGAGGGGAAAGAGGAGAGAAGGGUGACAGGGGAGCAGUGGGAAAGAGAGGUCUAAAGGGCCAGAAGGGAGAGCAGGGUCCUCCAGGCCUGGACCAGCCUUGUCCUGUGGGUUGUGAUGAAACUAAAGGCCUGACUGAGAAGGCAGGGCUUUCUUCCCCUCCACUUGCUCCUCUUCCUCCUUCCGGCCCUGAGGCCCCCUGUCCUGUGGGACAAGAUGGGCUGCCCAUACCAGGCUGCUGGCACAAGUGAUGACUAACCAGCAGCAUGGGAUCUGUACAUAUUGAUAUGGUAUAUAUUGGAAUUGAAUACUACAACAACAGCCCAUUCACUUUUCAUAAAACAUUUUAUAUAAUAUAUUGAGAUUUUUUUAACAAGGACAUUUUUGAGUCUACAGUAUUAUGAAAACUUUUCAAAACUCUAGAGAUCCAGUGUUGUUGAGAAUGGAGCCGUUUUGAAGAGAAGAAAUUGAACUGACAGUGGGGCUCUUGCUUUGAAGGACAGUCCAGAUGACAGUGAUGGAGUGCCUUGACAGUCUAGCUGCCUUACUAACAAAGUCUGACUUGCUGCCCAAUUGUAAUCAUGAACGCUGUAUGGAUAUGAUGGUGUGUGCACUCACCCAGUCUCACGGAUGGAUGGGUGGAUGCUUGGAUGGAUGGACAGAUCUCUUGGCUGUGGCAGAUGGAGGAGUGUGGGUCGGUACUCUCUUCUCCUCUCUCUGUUUUCUAAAAGGAGGAAAUGGCGAGACAGAAGCUCAAACGCAAGCGUCUCUCUCAGCCCUGAAGGGGUGCAGGGCCUGGUGGAGAAAGGACACGUGGACAGGCACAGAGCACAAGGGGCGUAUUGGCCUUUAUGAAGCAGAGCGAGCCAUGUAAUGGCCCAGUGUCAUUCUGAACACUCUGGAAACUGGAAACUCUCCAGGAGGGGGCGACAGAGAACACUGCAUUUCCACAUUCACCUGAGAAGAAAAGACACACCUGCGGCUGAUGAUGUUGCGCAAUAGCUUGAUAAGCAGUCAAAGUUAUUUGGUAGUCACUGACGUCACUGGCACAUAAGGAAGGAUUUACUGCACAGAUAUAUUCAACAUGUUGUGGUGAUCUCUUGUAUGGCUCUUUUGUAAAGCGUUUUCACUAAUUAAAUGCAUGAUCAUAACAAGGCACAGUGUUGUUUAGCAUUCUGACAGCUUGUAUGACUUGUGGUCCCUCAUUGAAACCUCAAACGACAGUAGAUUCAUUUUCAUUCACAAUAAGCAGCCUUUAAUAGUCUUUCCAUUUGAACAAGCCACGCAGAAAAGCAAGUAAGUCUACCUUUUCAUGGCUUACACUUGUUGGCAGUGGCGACUUGUGUGUUGUUUUAUUUUGUUAUAUUCUUACCUAUUUUUGUCAAGUUACAUUUUGCAUUCCUGUGCAUUGCCAUGUCUGUGGAAUAUAUAAAUAGUGACACUUCAAGGCCAGAUUUGAAGGAACCAUUUACAGUAUUUGUGAUGAACCAGUGUUUCAGUUGCCUUGAUAAAUGAUUGCCAAUCAAAUUAUUUUCUUAAUAAUUUUCACUGUAACUGAUGCAUUUGACUGAUCAUUAUUUUCUUUUAAUCGCUGAUGAAGAAAUGUUUGAUUACUGUUGCCAUUUUUUCAGGACAACAGUGUAUGUUCUUGCUGCUGACUGAAAUGUGUGUUGUUUGUUUGAUAUUUUUGAAUCGAUAUUAGUCAUUUGGACUGAAGGACUAACAGACUAAAGUAUGAAAUUUGAAUCAAAUGUAAGCGCAACCAUUGUUUUUUAGGGGUCUUUUUUUUUUUUAUUCAGCAAUACACCUUAGCACAAUGGUUUAUAACUGUCAUUAUUUUGUUGCCAUUAUUUUGCAUUGUGUGCGUGCGUGUGCUUUAGUCUUUGCUAUCAGAUGACUUUUAUUGGUUUGUUUUGGUCUUUUUAAUACCGUUUUCUCAGAUGGAAUCAUUUCUUGGUGCUUAAAUCCUUUUAUGUACCUGUUUAAAGCUCUUCUCUGCAUAUUCAUAUGCAAAACCACACACAUGUCCACAGAUACACAUGCAUCAUUGUUUGAAGAAAUGAAAUAAGUUGUACUUGGGUUUACUGAUGUACUGUUUUCAAAUAUUUGGUUACAUGUAUACAGGACAGAGAUUACAUGGAAUCAUUAUUUGGUUCUGUUUACAUGGACAGAAAUACAUACACAUGAAUGGAAAAUGGUGUUAAAGCUUCUUAGUGGGCAUCUGUAAAUUCUACAUUGGUAUUAGUUGCACUUUUUGGUACAAUAUGAAUAAUAUUCAGCAAUAAUCUUUUUUUUUUUAAAGGCAGAAUAGAUAUUGAGGGUAAUCGCUACACGUGACUGACCAGCAAUCAUUUACAACAUUUUCAUUGUUAGCCUGAAUAUGAACAAUCAAAAUGUUUUAAUGGUUGAUUAUCUUCAAUCACAAUCAACAUACAGAGGCUGCUAAACAUUUCUAAUUCCAAUUCUUGCUCACAAACAUUGCAACAUUUAAAACUGGGUCAGUAUUAACGUUGUUUGAAGUACUUUUUUUCUAUAUAUAUAUAUCAUUUUAGACAAGAUCUUCAAAUUAAUCUGAGGAACACAGGUAGAAAUGGAAUUUGUUUUUCGAAUUAGAUAAUUUGUUCAAAGGGCAAUGUAGUAGAAGGAUAACACAGUCCAUUGGUAAUGCUGACUUCCUCUUUGUAAUUAAAAAUAUCCACUAGCUGACCUGUAAUCUGGCUCACAUUAUGUUGCACUAGUCAUAAUGUAGGCUCUAUAUCUCUGCAGGGGUAGUUCCUGUUUAGGUCUGAAAUGACAAUGUGUAACACAACCUGUUAUCAGCUUUAUUUUUGUAAAGAUCAUUUUACAAUAUACCUGUAAAGUGCCAAAGUUGAAUUACUGACAUCACACAGAACAAUUUGAGUUGGGGGUAAAUAUGGUGUGAAGUCCCACUAAAUGUUUUAAAUUUAGAAGGGUUUUGUAAGAAAGAUCAGUGCAUCACACAUUAAACUUAUGCUACACCACUCAUUUAUGAAGUUAAAGGUAUUCUAGAAAAAUGUUCUAUAAAACAAAAAUCUGUAUAUGAGUCGCAUAUCAUUAAGCUAAAAUAGAACAGUUGACAUACAAACUUUAUUUGAAAAUCAUAAAAAAAAUAUAUGUUGAGAGAAAUUAUAUUGAAAGUGGGAUGGUUUAAUUGUAAACCACACAGUUCUUAGCAUUAUUUCACUGGAAGCUGAUGGUUAUCUGUCUCGUAACAUUAUCAUAUGUGUUUAUUUCUUUUGCAGAUUCUAUCAGUUUCAGUUUUAAGGCUUAAUGGAGUCAGUAAAUGGCACAAUGUCUGAAUAAAAUUUGGUAUUUUAGCAAGUCAUAUAUCACAGUAUUAGCUUGACUUUGUGAAAAUGUUUUUUUUCCCGGUUGUGUAUUUGGUUGUAAAAGAAUUAAGCUAUUUUUGUAAGUGUCUAAAAAUGUAUAACGUGAAAUCUGGUCAACUAAACAUGUAGACUGAAGGAAACUCUCCAAUUUUAUGUUUUUUUGUCCAUUAAAUCAUAAUCAUGUAAAAUUA